GACAUGGCAGAGCUUCUUCUUGGGGAGUCCAAACUAGAACAAUUUUUGAAGGAAAAUACUCUUAAACACAGUAAUAGUCCACGGGGCCCCCAGCCAAAGCUGACUGAGGUCAGGAAACAUCUCACRGCAGCCCUUGACAGGGGAAAUCUCAAGCCAGAAUUCCUACAAGAAGCUAACCUAAUAAUGGCCAAAUUAAACUAUGUGGAAGGUGAUUACAAAGAAGCUCUGAACACAUAUGCCAGAGUUGGUGUUGAUGACUUGCAGCUGACUGCAGUGCCACCGUAUCGGCUACGGAUGAUUGCUGAAGCAUAUUCUACAAAAGGUCUCUGUCUUGAGAAGUUGCCAGUAUCUUCCUCAGCUAGCAAUCUCCAUGUGGACCGUGAACAAGAAAUUGUUACAUGCUAYGAGAAGGCUGGGGAUAUUGCUCUCCUGUACCUUCAGGAGAUAGAAAGGGUAAUUAAUGCCAAUAUACAAAACAGAAGCCCUAAGCCAGGGCCCACUGCACAUGAACAAGAACUUGGUUUUUUCCUGGAAACAGGACUUCAAAGAGCACAUGUUUUAUAUUUCAAGAAUGGGAACUUGACAAGAGGAGUUGGUAGAUUUAGAGAGUUGCUAAGAGCUGUCGAAACAAGAACUACACAAAACCUGCGAAUGACAAUAGCAAGACAACUUGCAGAAAUUUUGUUACGAGGUAUGUGUGAACAGAGUUACUGGAAUCCACUGGAAGAUCCUCCUCACCAGUCACCCCUUGAUGAUCCACUUCGAAAAGGUUCAAAUACUAAGAAUUAUGCGCUCAGUAGAAGACCACGGGUAUACACUGGAGAGAACAUCUUCUGUCCUCAAGAAAAUACAGAAGAAGCCUUACUGUUGCUGCUUAUUAGUGAAUCCAUGGCUAACCGUGAUGCUGUAUUGAGCAGAAUACCAGAACACAAGAAUGAUCGUAUCAUCAGUUUGCAAAGUGCAUCUGUUGUCUACGAUUUACUUACCAUAGCCUUGGGAAGAAGAGGCCAAUAUGAAAUGCUUUCAGAGUGUUUAGAAAGAGCCAUGAAGUUUGCAUUUGAAGAAUUCCAUCUCUGGUACCAGUUUGCAUUGUCCUUGAUGGCAGCAGGAAAAUCUGCUCGAGCUGUUAAAGUCUUGAAGGAAUGUAUACGUUUGAAACCAGAUGAUGCAACUAUUCCACUCCUUGCUGCAAAGCUCUGUAUGGGAUCUCUGCACUGGUUGGAAGAAGCUGAAAGAUUUGCCAAAACAGUUGUUGAUCUUGGGGACAAAACAUCUGAGUUCAAAGCAAAAGGCUACUUGGCACUGGGAUUGACUUACAGUCUUCAGGCUACUGAUGCAUCUUUGCGAGGGAUGCAAGAGGUCUUGCAGAGAAAGGCUCUUCUUGCAUUUCAGAGGGCUCACAGYUUGUCUCCAACGGAUCAUCUGGCAGCAUUUUACUUGGCACUGCAGCUUGCCAUAUCCAGACAGAUACCAGAAGCUUUGGGUUAUGUUCGUCAGGCUCUGCAGCUACAAGGAGAUGAUGCCAACUCUCUUCAUCUCCUUGCACUCUUGCUAUCAGCCCAGAAACACUAUCAUGAUGCUUUGAAUAUCAUUGAUAUGGCCUUGAGUGAAUAUCCAGAAAAUUUUAUUUUACUGUUUACAAAAGUCAAGUUGGAGUCCCUGUGCAGAGGCCCAGAUGAAGCACUCCUUACCUGUAAACACAUGCUCCAGAUUUGGAAAUCCUGCUACAAUCUCACUAACCCAAGUGAUUCUGGACGUGGGAGCAGCCUGUUAGACAGAGCUAUUGCUGAUAGACGACAGCUUAAUACAAUUACUUUACCAGAUUUCAGUGAUCCUGAAACAGGUUCAGUACAUGCCACAUCAAUAGCRGCUUCCAGAGUGGAGCAAGCAUUGUCUGAGGUUGCUUCUUCUCUGCAAAGCAGUGCCCCUAAACAAGGUCCCCUGCAUCCUUGGAUGACUCUGGCUCAAAUAUGGCUUCAUGCAGCCGAAGUCUACAUAGGAAUUGGGAAGCCUGCUGAGGCCACAGCRUGUACCCAGGAAGCAGCCAAUCUCUUUCCAAUGUCCCAUUAUGUUCUCUACAUGAGAGGCCARGUGGCUGAACUCCGUGGGAAUAUUGAUGAAGCCAAACGGUGGUAUGAAGAGGCCUUAUCUAUUAGCCCUACCCAUGUGAAAAGCAUGCAGAGGCUGGCUCUGAUACUUCACCAGCUUGGGCGCUUUAGCUUGGCGGAGAAGAUUCUCAGAGAUGCUGUCCAGGUGAACUCCACAGCCCACGAGGUCUGGAACAGCCUGGGAGAGGUGCUGCAGGCUCAAGGCAAUGAUGACGCCGCGACCGAAUGUUUCCUGACGGCACUGGAGCUGGAAGCCAGCAGUCCUGUGGUUCCUUUUACCAUCAUUCCCAGAGUCCUUUGAGAGGGCAUCUCAAUCAACCGAUUUUUGUCCUGACUUGUGGGUGAGGAAACCCAGUGUGUGAGACUGCCUGUAACUGGUUAGUUUGAGAAACUUUAGAGCUACAGGUAACAAACUCCAGUCUUUUGCAGGAAAGUGGCCAAAGCUGGGAGGUGCCACCAUGUGUUAAUGCCAGACUGAGAGGACGGAGUGGUGAGCCAGAGCCAAAUCACUCAUAUCGCCUGCAGUUUUGCCCUGGUAGUUUUAAAACAUCGUUAUAUUGUUCAUGGAUGAUGUGCCAUAUUUUGUUAGUGAUACUUGAGUGUUACAUAAAAUUAUAAUGGAAUCAACUACCAAUUGUAGAAUAAGUUAAGAUUCAGUGGCAGAGCAGACUAUUUUUAACAAGGCUGUUAAUAAAACUGUUCUCUUCCUGCCUCUCAACCUCUUUUGGCCCAAAGUCAAAAUGUGAAUUUUCUGUUUCCAUCUCUAUUUUAGUCCAGGCCAGAAAAUCAGUUGAGUUCUUGUUUUUAGUUGUUAAUAACUGUGAUGUGUGGCUAACUGUUAUCUAGAGCAAAGGCUGAGUACAAGAAUAUUUAUAUUUUACCAAUGUAUGCCUGUUACAAAAAAUAUAUUAGUUAUUUAAGUUUAACUUUUUUAUGUGAAUUCAGAGUUUAUUUAUCAAUGGAAAUAUGUAAAAAGAAGACUCAAAUGGAAUAUUUACCGACACUCCUUAUACAUGAACCCACACUUGGCUAAAUGGGAAGAUAAUGUUAAUAAUAAAAUGAUUUUUAAAUGGAAACUUUCCUGUGUC